AUGCCCCAGGAGCUGCUCACCCUGGCCUACAGCAUCCCUGAGAUCGCCAAUGCCAUCCUGGGCCUCGACCAGUUCAUCAUGCAUUUACUCUUCUGUAAAUUAACAUCUGGCCAUGAAAAAGACAAGGACAUGCCAAACAGACCUCUGAGAGUGCGCGCCAUGUCUCCAGAUGGCAAGUUAUCUUUUCGGUGGAAGUCACCUUAUGGAGCAGGCUUCAGGGGUCCACGCAGCAGAUCCCAAGGUUACCUCCGUGGGUACGGAGAGAGCAGCCGACGGAUGAGCUAUGCUCCGCUGCCGCAAGAGCGACAAAACCAGGAAGCGAGAAAAUUAGCCUCUGAAUCAGUUCACGUGGUUUCGCUGCCAUCGAGGAGCUCCCAAGGACGGAGCCAACCUGUCUAUAGAUCGUCUUUAGCUAAAAGAAAAGUCACAGAGGAGGAAGAGGUGGAGCUGGCACAAGACAUAACUGUUCGAGUUAUGUCCUCUCAGUCUGUGCUCGUUGCUUGGACAGACCCACUGUAUGAAAAACAGAAGGUUGCAGCAAAUAGGCAAUACAGUGUUCGGUAUCGUGAGAAGGGGGAGUCAGCAAGGUGGGAUUACAAGCAGGUGUCCAACCGGCGGGCACUGGUGGAGAAUCUGGUGCCAGACACCAUGUACGAGUUCGCCGUCCAAAUCUUGGAGGGAGAAAAGGAAGGCAAAUGGAGCGCAUCUGUUUACCAACGGACCCCAGAGGCGGCUCCUGCCAGUGCACCUGAAAAUUUGGAUGUUUGGCCACUGAAGGGGAAACCAACCUCUGUAGCAGCAUCCUGGGAUGCUCUCCCAGAGAGUGAAGGAAAAGUCAAAGAAUACAUUCUUUCAUACGCCCCGGCUCUCAAGCCAUUUGGAGCAAAGUCCAUCACCUACUCUGGAGCUACAACAUCAGCCAUAAUAGAUGGUCUGCAGGCCGGGGAGCGCUAUGUUUUCAAAAUUCGUGCAGCAAACAGGAGGGGACCAGGUCCUCAAUCUAAAGCCUUCAGUGUCGCCAUCCCAGCAGCUGCUCAAGAGGAUUCACUUGCUCAGCAACAAACAAAUGUUCAAGAUAAUUCAAAGGCUAAAAAAACUGGGAAUGCUGGCUCAUCUCCUUCUCAGACGACUUCUGUUUCUUCGAAAGUCCAGCCAUCGCUUUCCUCUAAGCAGUCGUCUGUUCGUUCACCUAAUGUUAGUGAUAAAAAGAGUCUUCUUUCUGAAUAUAAGAACAAAAUCUUGACUCGAGGGGUCCUAAGUAAAUCUCAGUCACCUUCUAGAAGUGCAGGAGAUCUGGAACCUGAUCUCCAAUCCACUGAGGUGACAGACGAUCGCGAUUCCUCUCAAGAAGCUCCAACGAUGCCACAGAAAGCCCAGGAUCAGAGGAGGAAUGUUAGACCCUUGUCCCCUAGUCGGCCAGUCCACCCUGUCCUUGCCUCAGGGAGGACCUCUGUUCGAACCCACACACCAGAGGUGUCGCAGCAGACAAGCACAGAGAAACAUGAGCCACCAGCACUGUUACCAUCGUCAGCACAGCACUCUUCUGCCUCGACGGUUCCCAAGUACACAGAUAAUGAAACAAAGCAACCGAGGCAAAGCAACACUAAUGUGCCUUCUAUAAUCUCUUCCCAUCCUCUGCCUGCCAAAAAUAAUGAUCUUGCGGGUAAUGUGGAAGGAAAGCCAGACCCCAUGCUGGUGAAAGUGUCUUCUAAAACUUCAGAGCCUAGUCAUCUGGCUUUGCCAUCAAAUCGGCAGUCUGCUAUCUCUCAUGAGGUUGUCCUAAGCCAUCCCAGUAGGUCUGGCUCUCUAGGUCAUUCACAUCAACCCUCAUCCAAAUCAGCAGAUUCCCGUGCUCAUGAUAGCCAUAAUGAGUUUGACAGUGAAGAAACAGAGGACAGAGCAGGACAGCCCAGUUCUAGGUCACAGCAAACAAGGCUUCCCUCAGGCUCCAGUUCUCGCACGUGGAAGGAUCCAAAAUCAGCUGCGGUGGCAGUCUCAUCAAGGUCUGCUGUUUCUGGUCACACUUCACCUCACUCUCGCUCCUCCACCAGUGCCAAAUCCACUGGGAAGGAUGUUGAUAAGAAUUAUAGGGAGGACUCCCAAAAAGCAAACCCCUUCUUUCCUUCUCUACCCUCUUCCAGGCAGUCUUCUUCAGCAAUCUAUUCCAAGAGAAGAAGUCCUCAGGUCGAUUCUGAUUCUCACCUCAGAGAGACACACGGUGAAAACUCACCCCAUUCUGACUCAGAAGAGCAACAAAGUCGAGUGGCUGCUCCCGAAAAGCAUUCUCUUUUGCAGUCUUCUCUUUCCAAACAUAAGCCUGAAGAGCAGGACAGUCAAGAGGUAAAAGAAUUGCUUGCUCAAUCAAAGCCAAGUGUAUCUUUGCCUAAAAAGACAUUACCCUCUCAUGUUCCGUUGGAGAAGGCCUCCCACUCAGAGCCUCCACAGAGGGCACAAACCAGUCCUUCCUUACUACAUUCAAGGGGCCGGCGCCUCCCGUCUCAUCUCUCAUCCCAGAGUAAUGAAGAAUUUCAGGAAGAUGAUGAUGAGGAUGUAACAGAAGGCAGUGACAGGGCAAGCAGCCGCUCUGUGUUUCCAAAAGAGGUGUCCUCUUCUAGGGGAUUACCUGCAUCUUUCUCUCAGGGAAGCUCAAGUUCAACUCUAUCCAAGCAACAGGAGCCAGGUGCUCAGGUACCUUCCUACAAACCAAAACUUACUCAGCCACGGUCCAGUUCUGCCAGUAAUACAGCAGAAGACAACCAGUAUAAUCCAAGGUUGUCAUCCACUUCAAGACAAGCUCGUCCUUCAUUACCUACUCGCUCAAGGAUCGCUACAGGAACAAUGUCCGGAACAGAGAAAAAAUACAGCCUGUUGCCUUCAAAAAUGUCCAAAGCUGAACUUCCUCAAAAAGUUCCUUCCUCCUCUUCAUCUAAAUCUCAUCAGUCAGUUUCUAAUGAAGAUGACGAUUAUUACAGUGAAUAUGAUCAGAAAGAAGUGGAAGAGAAACCCACACCUUUGGCAGCAAAAUGGUCCCCUUCUGUUUCUAGAGGUAACAAAAACACAUACGAUGACAUUACUACCAAUAAAAGGAAAUCUAUGGAGACUCUUCUACCUCACAAAGCAAGCUCUGAAGAGGAGGAGAAGGAAAAAACUCCAACAUUAAAAGUAUCGUCUCCUGAAUCACCAAGAAGCUCUGCCAUAACAUCACGGGUUACUCAGUCCUCAAACAAGCAUACUCCAUCUAAACCAAGCUUUGUCUGGCCACGUUCUUCUGCAUCUACCACCACACACACUGUUUCUCCAACAGUUUUUUCUUCCACUUUGUCCCCUCGCCAGCGACUACUGAACUCCAGGCUACGGAGCCCCUCCCAACGGCAAUUUGUUAGACCUCCAUAUAGACAAGGUUACAAUGGCAGACCUAAUCUUACAACGAAAAAUGGAAAUGGAAAAAUAGCACCUGGUAAUAAUGGGAAACCAAGUGGACAGAAAGUAAUCAAUGGCCCUCAAGGAACAAAGUGGAUUGUAGAUCUUGACCGAGGGCUAGUGUUAAAUGUUGAAGGAAAAUACCUCCAAGAUUCCCAAGGCAACCCUCUUCGAGUGAAAUUAGGAGGGGAUGGACGUACAAUUGUUGAUGAAAAGGGUGCCCCAAUGGUGAGCCCUGAUGGAUUACCUUUGUUUGGACACGGCAGAUUUAGUAAACCUGUAGCAAGUGCACAAGACAAACCAAUAAUAAGCCUUGGAGGGAAGCCUCUAAUUGGUCUUGAAAUGAUUAAGAGAACAACCACUCCCUCGACAACUACUACAACAAUACCCCCAACAACUACUACAACCACUACAACAACUGUUGCUACAACCACCACCACCACUCCUGAACCAACCACCACUGAGCCACCCACUGAGAAACCGCCCCCAACCUGUCCUCCAGGCACCUAUGGACAGUAUGAUGACGAGGGCAACCUGCUGUUGGGGUUCGAUGGCCUACCGGAGUGCAGUACAGAAGAUACAUUCUCAGGACUGGAUUCAGAUGUGACAGCAACUCCAGAGGCAUAUGUGAUAUAUGAUGAUGACUACGAGUUUUUUGAGAGCACUUUGCCACCAACCACCACCACUGUCACCACCACCACUGCUUCUACAACGACAGAAUCAGAAGUCGUCUAUCCGGAGACUAGUGUUGUUGGCACAGGCCCUGUGUCAGAAUAUGAUAUUGCUGGGAAGAAACGGUUCACUGCUCCUUAUGUGACCUAUCUCAAUAAAGAUCCAGCAGCCCCCUGCUCCUUGACAGAGGCCCUGGAGCACUUCCAAGUGGAGAGCCUCGAUGAAAUCAUCCCCAAUGACCUCAGAGAGAAAGAUCUGCGUCCCCUGAAAGCCCCUCACAACAUCACUGUUGUGGCAGUUGAAGGCUGUCACUCCUUUGUCAUCGUGGACUGGGCUAAACCUGCUCAAGGAGACAUGGUAACAGGCUAUCUGGUUUACAGUGCAUCCUAUGAUGACUUUUUAAGGAAUAAGUGGUCAACCAGGACUGCAGGGACUACUCAUUUGCCAAUUGAGAACCUGAAGCCCAACACACGGUAUUAUUUUAAAGUCCAAGCAAAGAAUCCCUUUGGUUAUGGACCUGUUAGCUCUUCAGUCUCAUUUAUCACAGAAUCUGACAAUCCUCUCCUCAUUGUCAGACCACCUGGUGGCGAGCCUAUCUGGAUCCCCUUCACUUUUAAGUACGACCCCACCUAUUCAGACUGCAGUGGCAAGCAGUACGUGAAACGAACUUGGUACCGCAAGUUUGUAGGAGUGGUUCUUUGCAACUCCUUAAGGUACAAGAUUUACCUCAGCGAUGACCUGAAAGACACCUUCUACAGCAUUGGCGAUAGCUGGGGAAGGGGCGAGGACCACUGCCAGUUUGUGGAUUCACACCUGGAUGGAAGAACAGGACCUCAGUCGUACGUGGAAGCCCUGCCCACCAUCCGAGGGUAUUACCGCCAGUACCGCCAGGAGCCUGUGUCUUUUGGACGCAUUGGAUACACAACACCCUAUUACUACGUGGGCUGGUAUGAGUGCGGCGUCCCUAUCCCAGGGAAAUGGUAGCCAUCUGCUUUCCUGUCUUAGGCAGACCAUGCUUUUCAAAUGAUUUCUACGAGAGGACUGUGAGCGACUGAUUUGGAAAAGGGAAAAUAAAAAGAGAAAUGCAGCAAACCAGUGAAGACCAGCUACUCAAGAAACCCCCGUGAAGCCAAGCACGGUCCCCACUUUACCAGCCUAAAUCUGUGGUGCUGCUCGAUUUCUGCUUGGAAGCAGGGACAGGACACGAGUUUGGUGUCCUACCUUUCUCCUCUGGGUCUUUAAGGCAUGGAGAGGCGGUUGCGAUGUGCGCAACCUGUGAAGACUAGAACUAUAUUAGCCAUGAAAAUUUGGAAGUUUCUUAUAUCUUGCAGGAA